GUACGUAGCUCGUCCCACUAAUCUGACUGUAGCGCACGGGACGCCUCAUUGUAUCUGUCACCUAUCCUGUCGCGCGCUCAAACCGAACGCAAAGACUGGGCUCCCGCGCAAUUUUGUGACCGUAAUAAGGAGUGGGAAGUGAAAUUAUGGAGCAGUAGGGGACUAAGUCUGCUAAGGAAAGACAAAAAGAAGCUAUUAGUUUCGAAAUUGUAAUGUGGAAGGGUGAAGGAGCCUAACCUAAAAUAAGUUGAAGACGUUUUCGUCACGGUGCUUCAGUGACUUUGUCAGAGUGGGUAUUUUUGUGUUAUUUGACUUUUAAGUUUUUGGAAAUCCGUUUUUGCGUAAGAAUGAAGAACAGGCGGACACCGUUAGGUUCAUCCGGCUGGGAGACAGCUUUGCGUUUCAGCAUUCUACUUUUGCACAUGACUCCUUUAUUCACUCACGACACAUCAUCAUUCCUUAGCGCUGUUGCUGCGCGACGGGACAUCGAAGGAGGCAGUUCACUGCUGUUCAAUGCCACCUGGUUAAACUCUUCCACCUCUGCUUUGAGAAGAGUGGCUUUUAAGUCUGCACUUCCUGGUGAAGCCACGGGCAUUCCCCGGGCCCAGGUCCUUGUGCGUAAACCGCGUGAGGUGGAGGAGCCAGGCAGCGGCAUCCCAGGUGAAUAUGGCACCUCGGCCAGCACCCCAGACUUCAGUGCUCACCUCAGUGAAGUGGAACAGUUGCCAGCCACGGCCGUGGGAGGCAUGGGGGCUGGCCUGCCCACUCGCUCUGGCUCCCGAGCUCAGGGCAGAGCCCAGCUAGAUUUCAAAGAGGAAGACACUGAGGAGAGUGCCCCUCACUGGCAGAGUAAAAUACUAAAGGCUGAUGGAAGUGUGCUGGCUCUCGACCAAGUUCAGCCAAGUGCUCUCGUGCCCACUCAACACCCACUGCACGUCCUCGGUAGUCCAGGUGAUGGCCAGGUCAUUAAUGUGGGGUUCUACAAGCCUGACCAAGGUCAUCAAAUCGACACUCCACCUCCUCCUCACCCACAGGAGCUUCAGAGUAGAGACCCCACUUCUUGGACGUCGGAUUUUUACGAUUAUCUCUCUCCUGACUACUCUAUCACUGAAGUCUACCCUGAUGAGGCCCUGCCCACUCCGGUCUACAUGGAGGAUGAAAAUGUCUCCUCCAAACGCCAGCCCUUCGCUCCUGAGCACGGCAUGUCCAGCUACAAUCCAGCUGGACCUGUGGGGUCUGUGGAUGCAGAGGAUGGCUCAGCUUGUCUCCCUGGGUUCAUGCGCAGAAACGGUACCUGUCAGUCACCAUGUGACUCCUCCUCCAGUUAUUGCUUCAAUGGAGGGCAGUGUUACACAACUGGGGCUGGAGCCUUCUGCAGUUGUAACCUGCAGAACUACACCUGGAGCAAAGGAACCAGGUGUGAGUCUGUCAUUACUGACUUCCAAGUGAUGUGCUUUGUUGUGGGAGGGGUGUCGGCCACGGUGCUUCUCCUCUUUAUGGUAAUCGUGUUCUUCUCCAAGAGGCUCCAUCUACUAAAGAUGGAAAACAGACGACUUCGCAAACGGAGCAGAAGCAGGCCCCAGUCGGAGCAGCACAUUGACACCUUCUCUCUGUCCACCGCUGCUGAUGGCUCACAGGCAAACGUAAGGAAACCAUGUGACUCUCUGCCUAACUCCUCCCCUGCCCACACCUUGGCUUACUAUGAUAACAUUAUCUGUCAGGAUGACACUGGCAAACAGGAGGAACCAGUCCAGACACCCACUAAGGAGGACGAAGCUCUGAACAUCCAGAACUCACUGACACCCAAAGAUGAGGACAGCAAGGCCAGCUGCGAGGAUGCCGAGGAGGUAAAGUCGCUGCAGAAUAACAUUAUGUAGUACUGCCCUCCGGCCACAGGCUGGAGCUGUAAUGGCAAGCCGCUAGCCCCCUUCACACCACUGUACAAGCCCUGAUAAUACUGCAGUACAAACCAAGCAAGCCAAGGUUCUAAGCAUGCACUGCAUCUCUGCUGCUAGACCCAACCUGCUUCUGAUGCUUUCAUGCCAUGUGAUCAGCUAGCGUGUAGCCUAUGCAGCGGAGUUUUCUGCUGGCACAGUGAAUGCCUGUGUAACUGGACGCGCGUGCCAGAGGCACAUCAGUGCUGCCACUGUCCUUUUCCUCCUUGCUUGCUGCCACUGUCAUGCUCUGUCAUGCUGCAUCAUGCUAUGUUAUUGCAGUGUCGCACUGUGUUAUGCUAAAUCACACAGCCUCUCACACCCACAAGUUAGUCUCUCUACUCACCCCCAAACACCUCCAGCCUCAGCCACUGAGAACUACUCACCCUUAAACACCUCCAGACUCUAGCCACUGAGAGCAACUUACUCUUAAAAACCUCCAGCCACUGAGAGCUACUCACCCCCAAACACCUCCAGCCACCGAGAGUUACUCACCACCAAACACCUCCAGAUUCCAGCCACUCAGAGCUACUCACCCUCAAACACCAUACUGUCUUGCCUUAUUCCUGUUCAGCAUGCAUUGGUGUUCUAUUGUAGGACACAAACAAAAAAAAUAUUUAUGGGGGAAAUAUCAAAGAAACAUAAAUGUAUAUCUAACAGCACAACUCAGCAGCUUUGAUGUUCUUUUGAAUAAAACAGUGAGUAGGCCUAUGUGUAAAUAUAUAUUCAUAUACUCCAUGGGUUGAUAUUGCUAUACAGUAUUAUCGACUAGUAAGAACACUGUGUUGUUUUUCAUUGAUGUGAUUCCUAUUUUGUUUGACGUAUUUGAGAUUUUUUGUACCAUUUUUUUAAAAUAUAGACAAUGAAGGGUGAUGAAAGCAGAGCUUGCUGGAAUAAAUAAUUUUGACAGUACCGAGCUAGUCCCAGUGUGUUCCUGCACUUCUCCUUACGUGCCGUUCUCUCCUUCUGUCUACUUCUCUCUCCUGAAGUGUCAUGCUUAUCUCCUGUGCAUGGCUUACACAUUCCCGAGCUGCUGCUAACUGUCCUGAAUCCACUGCCCACUGUUGUAAAAAUGCUAGGUCAUUUUUACUAGAUCAUUUUCCCACUGCCAGAGAGACUCCUUUUGCACUGCAACAGCUUUGGGUACAAAGCUGAACUUUGAGAGCACAGAUUUAACAUGAUAGUGAAAAAUUUGGAUUCAAAUACAAGGUGAUUGGCAGAUUAUUUGGAAUUUAAAUACUGCACACAAAAAAAAUUAUUACUGAACGUCAGUGAGGAUGUGCAUGUACGAUUACAUGCACAUGGUGCACAACUGACAGUUUGCAGAUAGACUUAUUUCUGCCAACAUUUUUAAUUCAGUAAAUAUGAUUUGGAACAAGCUUUCUACCUAAACCAGAUUUGAAUUUGAUAGCCAAAUUUGCUGUCAGCUGCUAUAAAUGAAACACUCGACAGUUUUCAUGGCCACUCUUGAUACACUCUAAGCUGGUAUUAACUCUACCUUCAUGCUAUUUAUCUGAGUCCAUGGAGGGCCACACUAUCUACAGGUGAUCAUUCCAACCACAUCUUUUAUCUUAUUUUACUUCAUUUGAUAAUCUUUGAAUUUGAAGUUGGAUUCAAUUCAGUUAGAUUCAGAUUCAAAAUCAAGUAAAUCACAUUCUUAAAUUUGCCAUAGUACACGUCAGCUCUGAAUGGUUACAACAACCGGAGAACAGAAAACACUAUGGGCCAUGUUAUGUACCCAAAUUUGUAUAUGCACAUCACUCCAUUGAUCCAUAACCUCUGAACAUAACCCAUGAUCCUUUACCUGCUACAACUGGACUCUACAGGUGUAUCGUCUUAAGCUAUUAUGACAUCUAAGUUAUUACACAAACACCAGCAGCAAAUAGAAAUCAGCUUGGUGCAUAUUAAAAGCAAAACAUUCAGGUCAGAAUUGCCCAAAAUAGUGCAAGCUCUUACCAUUCCAGCAGGAGCUAGUGCUUAAUUCAAAUAGAGCAGCAUUAACUAGAGCAGUAUUAACUCAACUAUGGGUCCUCUUCUCAGUGAGGUUAAAGGAAUACUUCUUCAUUUUUUAACCAAACAUCUAUAGUGAAUGGUU